AUGCAUCUUCUACUGUUGAAUGAGAGAACGCUAAAAGCGCUGGAAAUCGGCGAACAGGGAAGCGCCGCAGGAAACUGCCGCCGGGCACGGAUUCUGGCGGGCCGCGGCAAGCCUCGGUUUAUCUCCGUCGCCGACCCGUUUCGCACACCGUGGGAAACACGCCCACAUGCGUGGCGGUGCACCUCGCCGCCAGGGCUGUUGGAGCGGGCCGGUCCGGGCAAUUCGGCCCGACACUUUCACCGUUUAUCGGCGCGGAAAUCGGUGCGC